UCGACGGUUUUCUUUCUACCAUUUCCAUAAAACGGUACGUUUAAUACUGUGAAUCAAAGUAUCUUUUCCUAAAACCCUCUUCGGUUCUUCCCCCAUUUUUCUUCACUUUCUUCCCUUUCUUUCAAUGGCUGCUGAAAACGAAGCAAAAACUGCAACCAACAAACGCAAAAGAGGCUACUUACCUCACAACAAAUCAGUAAGAAAGAAAGGACCUUGCCCAUUAAAACCAGGAAUUCAAGGUUUCUUUAUAACUUGUGAUGGUGGAAGAGAACACCAAGCUACUCAUGAAGCAAUUGAUGUUAUUGACAAUUUCUUUGAAGAGCUGAUCCACGGGAAGGAUUCAAGGGUUAAUACUAAGACGACAGCGUCGUCAAUACCUGAGAAAGCUUUGAACAAAAAAAUUAAGUUUUCAUACUCUGAUUCUUCUGAUAAUGAUGAAGAUGAUGAAAAUGAUGCCGAGAAUGGGAAGGAGAACCAGUCGGAAAAAGUGGCAGAAGAUGUAGAUAAUGGGAGUACCGUAGAAGAAAAAUCUGUUCCUGCAAAGACAGAUGAGCAGUUGAAUGAGGUUGAAUCUGACAAAGCUGCUGGCGAUGAUGAGGAAAAUAGUGAACAAGUUGUUGGCAAAAGCAAGGAGAAUGAGGAACCACUUGAAAAAAAGCAAUGCUGUGAUACCCAAAAGUUAGAAAGCAAAAAUCCUAGCCCAGAAAUGUCUGUCGAUAAGUUAAUUGAAGCUGAACUCAAGGAGUUAGGAGAUAAGAGCAAGCGACGUUUUUCCAAAAUUGAUACUGGCUGUAAUGGUGUUGUCAUUAUUCAAAUGCGGAGAAGGGAUGGAGACCCUAAUCCCGGAGACAUUGUACAGCAUAUGAUGGAAUCUGCUUCAGCUACAAAGAAGCAUAUGUCAAGGUUUCUGCUGAGAGUGUUACCAGUAGAAAUCUCAUGCUAUGCUUCAGAAGAGGAUAUCAAAAGAGCCAUUAAGCCACUUGUUGAACAGUACUUCCCUGUUGACGCUGAGGCACCAAUUAAGUUUGCGGUCCAGUAUGAUGCCCGUGCCAAUACUGGCAUCGAGAGGAUGAAGAUAAUAGAUGCUGUUGCGAAAUCUAUCCCUGGAACACACAAAGUAGAUCUCAAAAAUCCAGAGAAGACUAUAAUUGUCCAAGUUGUCAAGACUGUGUGCUUGAUUGGUGUCGUGGAGAAGUACAAGGAGUUGGCGAAGUAUAAUUUGAGGCAGCUAACAUCAUCAGAAACCCAAUAAGUGAGACAUUUGAUGGCGUGUUCUAGAUUUGACUUGGACAAGAACAACAACAUUUGCAACAAGGAUACGGUCCGACAUCAAAACACGCCUUGGGCUUCUCGAUGAAGCUACACAUACGCAACGGUGUAGACUAGUGGCUUCUAAUGUCUUCUAAACUCAGUAUAUUGUGUUUGUUUAGCUAGGGCAUGAUAUUAAGUUUUACAUCAAAUAAACAAAUUUGUUGUAUCAGCCAAAAUUUUAAACGCAUCAAACAGAUGUUCAUUUAACAAAUAUGUCGGUGACCCUUUACUCAA